AUGUUCGAGUCGUUCCAAUCCAACCCGUGGGUGAGCCUCACGCUGCCACCGCCCGCCUUCUUCACACUGCCUGGCCCUCAGCCGAUGAGUCUGGCGCCUCCGCUGAACGAGCCCUCGCUGGCACAGCCCUUUCAAAUCCCUCCCGGCCUCUACGCACAGUCUCUCGACUUCCGGGUGCCCGUCACAAUCGCAAGUGUCUACGCCGUCACCGUCCUCAUUGUGAACCGCAUCAACAAGGCCCGAGGACACAAGCCGUGGUCCGUCAGCAAGUCGACCUUGUUCAAGCAGCUGGUCAUUCUGCACAAUGUGUUCCUCGCUGUCUACUCCGCCUGGACCUGCUGGGGCAUGUGGACUGCACUGCGCAGCUCGAUUCCGCGCUUCAACAACGAGCAUGGCGCUGCCGGCAUCGUGGACGCUUUCUGCAGACUCGCCGGUCCUCGGGGCUUGGGAAAUGCCGCCCUGUACGACUCGAUUGCUGGAAAAUGGACCAUGCCCAACCCGGAAUACUCGCUCGGUGCCAAUGGACUUCCCGACCCGACUGAUGUUGGGCGGCUGUGGAACCAGGGUCUGGCAUACUACGGGUGGUUUUUCUACCUGUCCAAGUUCUACGAGGUCAUCGACACGGCAAUCAUCCUGGCCAAGGGCAAGAAGAGCUCGACGCUGCAGACUUAUCAUCAUGCCGGCGCCAUGAUGUGCAUGUGGGCCGGUAUCCGCUACAUGGGCCAGCCCAUCUGGAUUUUUGUUCUGGUCAACUCUUUCAUCCACGCCAUGAUGUACACCUACUACACCGUGACUGCCCUGCACAUCCGCGUGCCCAACGCGGUCAAGCGGUCGCUCACCACCAUGCAGAUCAUGCAGUUUAUCGGCGGAACCUUUAUGACCGUCUCGUACAUGUUCAUCCGCUAUUCCAUUCCUCUGUCUGCCUCGCGAUCCUUGUCAUUGGAAGAUCUGACCAAGGCCAUGCCCGCUGCUGUCGCCUCGGCCGCCGAGUCGGGCAUUGCCGCUGCCACAGCCUCUGCUGGCGUCGUUCCCUGGCUGAAGAAGCUCGCCUUCCGCGCCGCCGGUGCCGAGGGCAUUGCCGAGAACGUGCUCAAUGCCCAGGGCCAGCACUUUGGCGCCGACGCCGCUCGCUACUCGCAAAUCAAGCAAGAAAUCAUCCAUGCCGCGCAGUACGAGACGGUCGACUGUGUUGACAACAACGGGCAGGCCUUUGCCAUCUUGCUCAAUGUCAUGUACCUCCUGCCAUUGACUUAUCUGUUUGCGCGCUUCUUCGUCAGGUCCUACCUGCGCCGUAUCGAGCCAGCAGCCGACGGACAAAAGCCAUCCAACCAGAUGCACCAGGUCGAGCAAGCCGGUCUGGAUGCGCUCAAGGGUGUCAGCCGUGAGAUCCGCCGGGCUGCUAUGGAGCAGAACGGCGACGGUGACACUUCGGCCACGGACGAAGAGUUCACGUGGGGUCAAGACCGGCUUCGCCCACUCACUGCAAUUGCGAAGAAAAAGACUGAGAAGGUGGAACCCAUUGUCGAGAGCAGCAGCUCUAAUAGCUCUACUGAUAGCUUUGAGGCCGUGCCACCCAAACACCGGGCCAAGCGGAGCGAGGCCGAGGCAUCUGCGUCGCCGGUCAAAUCUUCAAACACGUUCGGGGUGCUGAAAGACGAUGCAUGA